AUGUCUUUUCCUAACGCCAUAGUAACAUGGCAGUGCCCAUUAGGGCCUUCACCCGUGGUAGAAGUACUUCAAAGCUGUCAAAACCUUCUUGACUACCUCUGUGAUAUUUCUUCUACAGAAUUAAUGCGACGUCCACCAAGUCCUAAUCGUAAACUAUUUAUUUUAUUUCCUGGUAACCCUGGCGUAGUUCAUUUUUAUGAACGUUUUGUACAGUUAAUGUCUAUGCGUCGAGUUGAUGUUCUCGUAAUGGGUUAUGCUGGACAUAGCUUUAUUGAUCAGAAUAAUGGUAGAGUAUUUGAUUUACAAGAUCAAGUGGAUGCUGCAGAACAGUUUUUAAUGACUGUAUUGACUGCUCAUACCAUCAAGUGGUACGGUAAUCAUAUUUAUAUUGGGGGUCAUAGUAUUGGUGCUUUUGUUGCGAUGCAAAUGGUUGCACGCUUUCCAUGUAUUAAACGUUGUUUUUCUCUCUGUGGUGCCCUUUCAAAUCUAGGAAAGUCUCCAAAUGGUGAACGGAUGUUCUUUCUUGGUGGCAAUAUAAUAAUUUACAAGAUAGUGACAUACUUUGUGAUGCUUUUACUGUUGAUGCCCAAAGUAUUGUUUUCACUCUUUAUUAGUUGGAAUGCUCCGGAUAUGGAACCAUCUUUGCAACAGUUGGUAGUGAAACACUUUAAUCGCAACGCACUUAUGAACUCACUUGCCAUGUGCCGUCAGGAGUUUCAUCAAGUGCGGAAUCUUGAUAAGCCUCUUUUGAAAUCUAUUCAGAAACGUAUGGUGUUUUACUACGUUGCAAAUGAUAAGUGGGUCCCAUUAGACUACGCCUAUGAAGUAAAGGAGACGUGUGAAGGAAAUGCUGGUUUCGUAGUGGAACAAGAUUCUACAGUUCCUCAUGCCUGGUGUCUUGCACAUAAUGAGGCAGUCAUAGAAAAUGGUAUUAUGCCUUUUAUUUGA